AUGUACGCCUCACGAUUACGCCCUGUAGCCCACAGGCUGGCGCGCCAGUGUGCGCACUCCCAGCGGUCGUUUGCCGUCACAGCCCGCCAAUUGGACUCGGCAACGGCCGUCCCCGCGGCCAAGACGGCCGCGUCGCCCGCCGUUCCCCAGAAGCUCCCCGAAGAGCCCACCACCGCAGUCCAGCAGGCCCCGAACCGGACAGAGAUCUGGUCCCGCAGCCAGCAGCCCCGCUCACAGGCCAUGACGGGCCCGCGCUUCGAGCAGACCGACUUUGAUCUCCAGCCCCAAUCAUAUGCCGCUAUCGAGCUCAUCCACGAGCAGCCAGUACGCUGGACGCAUGACCGCGUCGUGGCAUGCGACGGCGGCGGCGGCGCGGCCGGGCAUCCCCAGAUCUUCAUCAACACGGACAAGCCCGAGAUUGCCACCUGCGGAUACUGCGGCCUGCCAUUUGCAAACGAACAUCACCGAAAGCACUUGGAAUCUCUACCAGAGACUUCGUACCCUCUCUGA